GGUAACUUGAUAAUGUCUGGACGCGGUAAGCAGGGCAGCAAAGCUCGCGCCAAAGCCAAGACCCGCUCUUCCCGGGCCGGACUCCAGUUUCCUGUGGGCCGAGUGCAUCGCCUGCUCCGCAAGGGAAAUUAUGCUGAGCGGGUCGGAGCUGGUGCUCCAGUGUACUUAGCAGCUGUUCUGGAGUACCUGACCGCCGAGAUCCUGGAGCUGGCAGGCAAUGCUGCCCGAGACAACAAGAAGACGCGCAUUAUCCCGCGCCAUCUGCAGCUGGCCAUCCGCAACGACGAGGAGCUGAAUAAGCUGUUGGGUAAAGUCACCAUUGCGCAGGGCGGAGUCCUGCCCAACAUCCAGGCGGUGCUGCUGCCCAAGAAAACCGAGAGUCACCACAAGGCUAAGGGCAAAUGAGG